ACUGCUGCACAGCUUGUCCACCAUAUUAUUGCCGUGCCAGCGCCAGCAUGCUCGCCUGCCUGUCUGCUGAUUUGUGGUUUCGUCUCUGAAUGCAAGUCACACUUUGAUCUGCUCCUCAUCCGGCAACUCAUCCAGCUCCAACCAGAGAGGACAGAGCAGCCAGCCUUCAUUCUGGAGGGGAAGGCCUCAGUGGAACCCAGCAGGGGGGAUGGGGGAGGCGCGGAGGCCAGAUCCCUCAGCCCCACCUCGCUGCCGGUGAACCAGGCCGAGAGCUCGGGACGCUGGCAGAGCGAGAGCCUGCUGGCGGAAUCCUGGUCCACCAUGGGGGACGCCGACCCCGAGGACACCAAGAGCCUGGACAGCAGCGACGGGGCGGCUCCGGCCGGGGAAGAGAACCACUCCUCCAACUCCGACAUGGUGCACCUGGAGCGAGAGGAGGCGGAGAUGCUGGAGGAGGCGGAGGAGAAGAGGAAGAGGAAAGAGGAGGAGGAGGAGGACGACGAGGAGUUGCAGGCGAGCGUGCUGAGUGUGCUGGGCGGGGAGAAGGAGCUGGUGGAGCUCAAAGAGGAGGAUCAGGACCUCCAGGCUCCACAAACUGAGGAGCUCCUGGUGUCAGCGGAGGAACCUCACGUGGAGAGGAAGCCUGCAGAGUUCAGGCAGGUGGUUCCCCCGAUGGCACUGCCUCCUCUGCCGAUUGUGAAGCUGGACCCCCCCUCCACUACGUCCACCCCGGUCCCGUCAACCAUGCCCUCUGAAGCAGAGGAGCUUUAUUCCACUCAGGGCCUCCACCCUCCGUCCGUCCUGGCACCCAUGCCUGCAGGUCCUCCCGAAGAGAGUCUCCAGGAACCAAAAGUGGAGGAGGAACAUUCAGUCAAGGAGGCGCCGCCACUGAAAGCAGAGCCCAGUGCUCCUAAGACCAAACCCAUGAGCCCCACUGAGCUGCUGUUUGGAGGCGCUGCGUUAGUGGCUGUCGUGGGAGUCGUGGCCUACGGUGCGGUGGUCUACUGCAAAAAGUAGAAAUCCAUAAACUCCCUUUCAGCACAGUUUUACUUUCUGUUUUAAAUCUAUUCCUGACGAGUUAUUCCACUUUACUCUGAAAUCUGGAUUGUGAUUUUAUUUUAUUUGAUCUUUUUUUGAUUCAUUUUGUGCUACCUCAGCUCAUAGUGGAGUUCAUGGCCUUUGUUUUUCUGUUUGAUCGCUAACAAAAUAACCAGCAAAACACAGAAUGUAAAUAUCAUCUCAAGUAUGGCUCUAAAAACUCCUCAUACUAGAAAUGA